GGCGCUCACAGUCCUGGCAUUCCGCUUCGCGUCCUGUCUUUGGCUCUGUUGACCCACGUGACUCGGCUCCAGCCUCUGGCUUCCUGUGCUCUCUAGGCGUGGGAGAUACACUAGGAGAGUGAUGGAACCCGAAAAGGAGCUGUUGACAUUCAGCGAUGUGGCCAUUGACUUUUCCCCAGAGGAGUGGGAAUGCCUGGACUCUGUUCAACAGAAUAUGUAUAAGGAUGUGAUGUUAGAGACUUAUGGAAACCUGAUCUCCUUGGGUUUCUCGGGCUCUCCGCCUAGCCUGAUCUCCUUUCUUGAGCAAAUCCAAGAGCCCUACAGUGUGAAGAGACAAGAGCCAUUGGCUGUAUGCCCAGCUGUAUCUUCUCAUUUUACUGAAGGCAUUUCAUCAAAACAGGGCAGAAAAUACUCAUUCCAAAAUGUAACAAAGGGAAGGCAUAGUAUUUGUGGCCAUGACAACUUAUACUUCACAAAAGAAUGGGAAAAUAUGGACCAGUAUGGAGAUCACAGUGCAUACUAUAAUAGUUGUAACAAAUUUAUGACAACAAAAGAAAACACAGCCUUCAUUGCCAGCAGAGAUGAAGAACAUAGAGCAUUUCAGAAAACUCAGUUUGUGCCAGCUGUUAAGGACCCAUGUGUUUUUGUAGGUGAAUAUUCACAUCAAAUUUUGAAACAUGCCUUUUCACUCAAAGGAAAACUGAGAAUGAGACCAGCACAUGCUUCAGUUCAUCACUUGAAAAAUGUUAAAUAUAUUGGCCUAAAUUUUGAACCAUUCAUUUUUGUAGACAAUAAAUUUAAAAGUGAAGAGCAGAUUCCUAAAUGUAAUCAGUUUGAUACUUUCACAAAAGGUUUAUUUUGUAAUCAACAAAUAAAUCUUCCUAAUACCAAGAUAAAUAGUUUUCAUGAGUAUGGGAAGUUAUUUACCCAUCCAUUAUUGCCCAAUCAAAAUCUAGCUGUAGGAAUUUACAGUUGUAAAGAAUGUGGUAAAGCUUUCAAAAGUUCUUCAAAUCUUACUAGACAUGAGAAAAUUCAUAAUGGAGAGAAACCGUACAAAUGUAAUGAAUGUGGGAAAGCCUUUAAUAAUUGCUCAUACCUCAGUCAGCAUCAGAGGAUCCAUAAUGGAGAGAAGCUAUAUAGAUGUGAAGAAUGUGGCAAAGCAUUUAACUGGUCUUCACGCCUUACUGUACAUCAGAGAAUUCAUACUGGAGAGAAGCCAUACAAAUGCGAAGAAUGUGGCAAAGCUUUUAACUGUCGUUCGCACCUUACUCGACAUCAGAGAAUUCAUACUGGUGAAAAACCCUACAAAUGUGAAGAAUGUGGCAAAUUCUUUACUCAUGGUUCAAAUCUUACUCAGCAUCAGAGAAUUCAUACUGGAGAGAAGCCUUACAAAUGUAAUGAAUGCGGCAGAGCCUUUAACAAGCGCUCAAACCUUUCUUUACACCAGAGAGUUCAUAUUAGAGAAAACACAUACAAGUGUGAUGAAUGUGGUAGAACCUUUGGUACGUGGUCCACCCUUUCUAUACACCAUAGAAUUCAUGAUGGAGAAAAACUUUACACAUGCAAAGAAUGUGGGAAAGCCUUUAGCUAUUCUUCUGUCCUUAGUCGACAUCAGAGAAUCCAUACUGGAGAGAAACCCUACAAAUGUAAAGAAUGUGGCAAAGACUUCAGACAUGAUAUAAGUCUUACUCGACAUCAUAGAAUUCAUAGUGGAGAGAAGCCCUACAAAUGCAAGGAAUGUGGUAAAGCCUUUAUUCGGUGCUCACAUCUCACUCAGCACAAGAGAAUGCAUACAUGAGAGAAUGUUUUCAAAUGCAAACAAUGGCAUAACCUUUUAUCUCUCCUGCUGUCUUUAGUAAAUACUGGAGAAUUCAUAAUGGAAGGAAGCCUUACAAAUGUAAAUAAUGUGGCAGUAUUUAAAAUUGCUCAACUUACUCAACAGAACUCAUAUCAAUGGAGAGAAUGCUUUCCAAUGGAAAGAACAUUUAUUCUACAUCAUAGAAAUUGUAGUGGAUAAAAGCCCUACAGUGAUAAAGAAUUUCUCAAAGUUGUUAGUAAUUGAAAGUCUACAAAUGUGUCAAGACUUUUAACGAAGGUUCAGUCCUAAUUCAACGUGAGUGCAGGGCCAUUAAACUUCAAAUACUUUGGACAUUGUUACUCCUUUAUUUAUUUCUCAUUUUUGUUUUUGAAGUUAUGAGUAUGUAAGUGUAAUAAUAAGCCAUGGAUGUUUGAAUCCUGAAUUUCACAUUAUGAAAAUUUCCCUUAAUUAUUUUCCACAUAUCACACAUAUGGUGUGACAUUAAUUUACAUUGACUGAACUAUAGUACCCUUAAAACCUAAUUGUAAAUUUUCAAGUAAGAGUACUAUAGAAAUA